ACGCCUGGCUAGGAAUUAGGAUGUGCCGAAACUGACGAUGACAGCUAGUGAUCACCACUUGCGUCAAUGGCCCUAGAUCAUCGAUGGCGUACGUCUCCUGGGGAGCUAGCCGGCUGGUAUGACCGGAUGGUAUGUGCCUCUGCCUCACGGCCUGGAGCUAUCUACGUGUCCCUCUGGGCCACCGUUGUCCUACCGAAUCGUACCGGUGCUUACGUGCAGCAGAGCCAUGGAACCACCACCUCAGCGACCGAUUCCGCAUGGGUUCCAGAAAACUGUCAGAUCCAAUGCAUAGCACUAGACCGACCUCAAAGUUUGCGAUUGACGUGUCCAUACAGGCUUACCGACGUUUGCAAUCGAGGCAACGAGGGUCUCCAGUACCGUGAAUCCGGCGAUGCCAUUCCUUGGGUCGGGAUGACCAGGGUGCAUCCGCUGGUGUUUGCGCUAUCGAGCAACAUUGCCCAGUAACCACCCUGUCGGGUCUACCCGCAUGGAUCUUCCUGGUCGGGCUGCUGGAUCAUGGGCGGUGGUGAAAUUCCGGUAUUUGAGAGACGUAAGUAAGGUGGUCAGUAGGGAGGAGAAGUACUAAGAGCGGAGAAGGAGAAAGGAGGAG